AUUUACUUUAAAAUAUUUGUUUCUUUUCCUUAGAAAACUGUAAUUCAAAAAUCAUUUUUCACUUUCCUGACAUCAUAGUUUAAUAUGUACAUAAAAGUUUAUUUUUUUAGUGUUCUUAAUUUUGAAAUAUAUAUUAUUUAUAGAAUAAUUAGAAUUACAUUUUUUUCUUCAGUUGUCUGAAUCAAGGAACGAAAAUGCGUUCUCAAUUUUGUACCAUAAUCCAUUUUUAUUUAUUACUUAUUUAAAAAUAAUUUUUGAUGUGUUAAAAUUGUUUUAUAUUUUUUUAACUAUUACUUUUUAACGCUUCGGGAGGGACACAUAUUUAACAUAAUUCAUUAUUUUAAAAAUCUCCUCCAAUAAAAGUAAAUGUUUCUAAAUUUUUGUCUGUUUGACAAAAAAAUAUUCAAAACUUUUUGAAAUUAAAUUUUCUACGAAAUCGUAGAGAACGAUGACUUUAAAAGUUAUGUAAAUGUGUGUCCUUCCCGGCGUUGAAGGGUUACGCCUGAUAAGAACUGUCUGUUAAAAAAGUAAUUGUCCGAAAUUUUUGGUAUUGUGCUUAAGUGAACCCGGUAUAUGUUUCAGACUCAAAAUUGUAUAAAGAAGUUUCUGAGCUUAUGCUUAGGUUUCCCUGAAAACUUUUAUUGUGAAUCUUUUAAAUAGAGAUUUUAUUACCUAAGUCUAGAACAUAAUUUAAAACGUAAUUUCAUCUAAUUUAUCGUGGUCACAUUUAAUGCAUUUUAUUCUCCUUUCUUCGUGCCAGACCUAGUGAGUCUCGGUCAUUUUUUAUACUUGCACGGAAAGAAUAGUGGAUAGUUUUUAUAUUGAAAUAUAUAAUUAUUAAUGUUUUGCAAAAAAGAAUAAAAAGAGAAUAAUUAUUCAAGAACCAAGUAAAAAUAGGGGAGAGUCGGUAGUGGCGAGACACGCUUUGUUUUUUUUGUGUAGGACUCAUAUUUUGUGCAGACAGACUAGUGAGACUAUCUUUUACAAAUUUACAUAAUAUAGAUAGCAUAUGUCUUAAAAAAAAGUUAUUACCGAAUUUCAAAAAUGUCCCGCGACUACCGACAUUCAAAAACGUCGGUAGUGGCGAGACAUUACUUUAAAUCGCAAAUUUUUCAAUUACAAUGUCUUUUACGGCUUUCAACUUCAAAGCGUUUGGGUUCCUUUGUGUCCAUUUUAAAUUGAUUACGUUUUUUACAUCUAAAAAAAGAGUUAAGAUUAUUAUUUUUAUUAUUACGGAUUAUUUGAAAAUACAUACGCAACUUUAAGAUUAGGUUAUUGUUAUGCAAAAUAUUGCCGACAAAACUUAAAAAAAAUAAUACCGAAGUCAUUUAGAAAUGUACCAUUUUAUUAGAUUUAAACAAGCAGUGUCCGGACACUCCGACAAUAAGUGUCUCGCCAUUGCCGAAACAGUGAUUUACGAUUGGAUUACUAUUUCACCUGAGCUGGACGUAGCAAAUGGGAAGCCGGAACCAUUUUGUAAAAUAUGCAAUUGUCACAUCCGUGCUCAUUACGACUUGAUUGUUCACUCGAAACUUGUAAAACACAAGGAACGGAAAAUGUCAAUCAAUAGGACGCAACAAAAAAGUUUGGAAGAUUACAAUGUUGUGAUUCAAGAAGAGGACAAAGUUCUAAAAUUGCUGAAAGUUGGAGGAAAAAAUCCUGUAAUUAGAAAAUAUUAGGCUUCAUCAAGCACAAUGUUUGAUGUUAUUAGCUAAUGUCCUAGUGCAAUUGAAAGAUCUGUACGUGUCCACUGACAUCAAAGAUAGCAGUUACUUUAUUAAACUUCUAACAAGAUAAUUCUAAUCUUUUGUACUUGACUUUCCUAAAGACAACAAAUAAAAAUGUUAAAACAAUGCUUUUAAUAAUGUUAAUCAUUUCAUACCUAUCGCUCAAGUAAAUUUUGGUGAGAAUUUUACUCAGCUUUCUAAGAGACUUGAAAUUCCUCAAAAUUCUUUUACCACAGACAGGACGAACUGUGGCAAUUAUUUAUUAACCUAUUGUUGUCAGCUUUUGGAAACGACGCCUGAUAACCUUGAAGUUAUUGUAAGGUUAAAAUACUAGACUCCCAAGUUAACUAGAAUUAAUUGUUUAUAAUUAUAUGGGCAUAUCUCUAGAACCUUUAACUUUUCAAUGAGAAAAAAUUUGUUAAUUUUUUAUUGAGCACAGUAUUGAAACUCUGUCUACAUAAACUUUAAGAAAUAAGCUUUCAAAAUAUCCAAGUGGACAGAUAAAAUGAUUCGUCUUCAAAAAGUUAUAAACUAUUUAAAAUUGCGAAUUAUUUUUAACGUGCAACAAAAAAAUAUUUAACAGGUGUUUGUUUUUUAGAAUCGAAAACAGUUGAAAGUAAUUAACUGAGGGGUUAUAAUUUAUAAUAUAAUAAUUAUAUUAUUAUAUAAUAUAUUACUUUUGUAUUUAUUAUAUUA